AUGGGCGAUUAUGUUGAUCGUGGUGAUCUUUCCGUCGAAGUUGUCGUUUUAUUAUUAUCAUACAAAAUCGCUUAUCCGGAGAAUAUCUAUAUGAUCCGCGGAAAUCAUGAGUUCGAACAAAUCAAUGAAUACUAUGGAUUCAAAACUCAAGUCAUCCAGCAAUAUGAUGAAGAAAUAUUUGAUUUUUUCAAUAAAGUAUUCGCAUAUUUGCCAAUUGCUGCAGUUGUCAAUAACAAGUACUUCUUAGUCCAUGGAGGUAUUAGUCCAAAACUACAAACAUUGGAUCAAAUUAAAAAUUUGAAGCGACCGAUUACAUCUUUUACAGAAGGAGACAGCCAUGAACUUGUUUGUGAUCUAUUGUGGAGUGAUCCUUCACAUGCGAGUUACUAUUACAGUCCAAAUCCAAGAGGAUUCGGGGUUAAUUUUGGAGUUGAAGCCACAUUCAAAUUUUUAACGAUUAAUAAACUUUAUGGAAUCAUAAGAGCGCACCAAUGCAUCACUACGGGAGUUGAAGAGCAUUUUGGUGGAAGAGUUAUAACUGUUUUUUCAUCGAGCUAUUAUUCACCAUAUCCUCCAAAUGCAAGUGGUGCUAUCUUGAUUACUAGUUCAGAACUUAAACCAGUGAUAUAUAAGCCAUUGCCGCACUUUCAGAAGAAUUUUUCUGAAUUUAAGUGGGUCCAAGUUGAAGAAACCGUCCCAUUAUGUUUAAGAAGAUUGGGAUCAAGUAAGCUUACAAAUAGAAGAAGCAACUCUCUCAAGCUUAGACGCUCCUCACAUGUAACUGAUUCCUCGCAUUCACUCAAACUCGAGAAGAAAAUCACGAUAUACAAAUCUAGUACAGAUAUUAUCAUCCAUUCUCCUUCAGCUGAUCUUUUACCGAUCAAUGAGAAUAAGAAGACACCACUGAACACAAGCUCCAUUCUAAUUGAGUAG